UUCUCUUUUGUUUUCCUCAUAACUCUUCCUUGUAUCUCGAACUAAGGAGCGGUGUCGCCAACAUGGGCGGUGAAACAAAAGAUAGGGGUAUGACCGUGCCCACUUAAGGCCAAGUCUUUGCCCAUAUAAAUGACACCAAGGACCAACAACUUGAGGAUCAAAUCAUCUUCAACCAUCUCUAUAGCCACAAUGAUAUCUCACUCUCCAACUGCUUCUCGAAGCCCCACCACAUGAUAUAGACUCUUGUUGCUUGACUAUCUUACACGCAUAUUCCCGACUAAACCGGAUAUAACGGAGAUGAUCUCUCAUGUCAAGCUGUUUGCUAUAGGCUACUAUCUAAAUCUCUGAAUCUAACAUUUCGCAUAUUUCCGAAAAGUUUUGUUGCCAUAUUCUAUAAAUUCCCUCUUAAGAUUCUAAACUUCAAAAUCAAAAUAAUCCUAAAUAAUCCGAAACACCUAGAAACCGAAGCAAUGACUGGUUUCAACGAUCUACCUCUAGAACUUCGAAGUCUCAUCUGGGAGUACUCCCUCCCAGGUCCACGGAACGUCUCCGUGGACAUCCAACGGCACACCCGCGCCCCAGUCAUCUUCCACAUAUGCCAAGAGUCCCGCGCCGAAGCGCAAAGAAUCGGGCAUUACGAACUAGCCUUCCCAGUGCCCACCACGGACCUAAAAGUCAACAAAGGGCGCGUGAUAUGGUUCAACUUCUCGCAUGAUCGACUCUGCGUCGACAAAUUCCUGCUCUGGCUAGUAAUAUGCCCUGAGAGCUCGCAACCACUUCGCUCCCUCGGGUUAAUGUGUGUGCGUCCGUUAAUAUGCUGGGAAAUCCUAAGUCACAUCGGAAACUGGCGAAAAGCGCUUUCCGGGCUCGAGGAAGUAGUGCUGAUUCGCAAAGACGAUAACGACGCGGAUCAUGCUAAGUUGGUGGAUACCGCGUCCGUGCCCGCGCCUGUGGAUACGUAUCGCCGGUGUCCGCUUAUUAAACCGUAUUGGACGAUACCGAUGCGAGUCCAGAUUUCGCGGGCGGAGGGGAAUCCGUUUGAUGAUCCGUUGUGUGCGCCGUCGAUGGAUAAGUCGCAUGCUUAUGUUUUUCGUUGCGCUACGACUGGGGAGGUCGAGGUUCAGGUACUUUCCAGGCAGCGAUUGCGCCAGUUUAGGAAGGAAGAGGAAUGUAUCGGUGAAAAUGGGUUAUUAAUGGAAAAUGCGUCUGUUCUGGGAUUUAAAGGGUGCCCGAAACACCCUUGGGAGUCGGGAGGCAAGAAACACAUCAAGACUGGUAUCACAGCCGUCGACGAUACAUAGUAGUCUUAUUAUAAUUGAGGUUGCCUGUAAAUAAAUACUCGAAAAAUUAAUGAUAAUUCUAUUUUCAAUUAGUAUUACUUCGAAUGUUGCAAUAAUGGAUCCUCUUCGUCAAGCUUCAGUAUAAGAUUACCUAAUCAACGUGUAACCCCUUUAUCUCGUUACACCGACUGUAUAGUGUACCACAAUAGAUCUUUUGGCAGAAAUAUCAUCAAAUUUUGGCCAAGAUAUACAGGAUGUGGGAAAAGUCAUAAAAGCCCAAAUCCUCGAAAAUGUCGCUGAGAGUAUUCACAUAAACAAGCCAAUAAUCCAUCAAAUAUCACAAAGCAACCAUCCAUAAGACCGUAUU